UAGAUACAUAUUUUUAUGAACGAACUUAUAUAUUUAAAAAAAGAACAUAAUGUCGUUUAAAAAAUUUAAAAUUAUGGAGGGACUGAAAAUACUCAACCGCAGUACGGUGAUCCAAGAAGUUCCACCUCUAACUGCACUACAAUAGAUGACAAACUUGUUGAUGUUAGUGUGAUCUCACUAAAUUAAAAUCGUUUGUCUGCAACAAAUUGGAGCAAAUGGAACAAACUCAACUUGUACAUAAUAAGGCCAUUAUGGCAGCUCUUGCGGAGCAGAAAAUUAUUGCACAAAAGUUGAUUCGCCAGGCGUCAGUGGGGGCACCAAUUGCAGGCUUAUUUCCGCUAACAACUAAAGAGAGCCUCAAGGCGAUAGAGGAAAAGAUACUUCCGGAGAAUCGCGAGAUUUUUGUUUCCACCUUUAAGAGACUGCUUCAGCAAAGUACUACACGAAAUUUAAAAAACAUAUUAGACGAUUCAAUUGUUCUAAACCAUAAUUUAGACGGGACACACGGAAAAAAGACUCAAAACAUACGAGAAAUUCUAUGCCGCUCUUCUGGAGCUUGCCUUAAAUCAACAUAUUUAGUAUAAGUAGUGUGAUCUCUACUGCAACCAAAACUAUUUCAUAUGUAUAACGAUUUUAUAAAAAAGGUAUAACUAAGAAUUUACUUUAAAAAACAUGAAUUGAAAUGAACGAAAGACAAAAUUAAAUCAUAAUUUGCUUCAAUAUGUUAUACAUACAUACAUAUGUAUUUCGAUCGCUACUAUAAACAAAACUUUCAUGGAACAAUUUUAUAAAAACGAUAUAAAAAUGAAUUUUCUUUAAAAAAUAUGAGAGCAAAUGAACGAAAGACUAAAUAAAUCAUAAUUUGCUUCAAUAUUAUGUAUAACAUUAUAACUUAAAAUGAAUGUUAUUCUUAUUCAACCAGAGCUUGCCUUAAAUCAACAUAUUUAGUAUAAGUAGUGUGAUCUCUACUGCAACCAAAACUAUUUCAUAUGUAUAACGAUUUUAUAAAAAAGAUAUAACUAAGAAUUUACUUUAAAAAACAUGAAUUGAAAUGAACGAAAGACUAAAUUAAAUCAUAAUUUGCUUCAAUAUGUUAUACAUACAUACACAUGUAUUUCGAUCUCUACUAUAAACAAAACUGUUUCAUGUAACAAUUUUAUAAAAACGAUAUAAAAACGAAAUUUCUUUAAAAAAUAUGAGUGCAAAUGAACGAAAGGCUAAAUUAAAUCAUAAUUUGCUUCAAUAUGUUAUACAUACAUACAUAUGUAUUUCGAUCUCUACUAUAAACAAAACUGUUUUAUGUAUCAAUUUUAUAAAAACCAUAUAAAUAAGAAUUUACUUUGAACAAGUAAGAAAGUCUAA